GGUAGCAACAGACUACAGAGCCUAGCAUUCCACAGCGUACGAAUCUACCUAGCUAUACCGAUCUCAUGGCGUCCAGCUCGAGCGCGCCGAGGAUGCCCGCCGCGGUGUGCGCCGUGCUCAUCCUGCUGCUGCUGUCCGUCGCCGUCCCGUGCUGCGAGGCCGACCUCCUGCAGGUAAUAGUGUCUGGCGGCCGGAGAAUGCUGGCCGGUGGGAGCAAUGCCGCCGCCUUGUCGCGGCAGGUGGAGACGACUGCCGCCAGUAGCACGUGGCGGGCAGCAGCUGGGAGGGCGACGGCGGCCAUGCCGUACUCCGAGUCGAAGAGGUCCAGCCCCGGCGGCCCGGACCCUCAGCACCACUAAUAAUUAAGUAAACUCGCCUUGUA